AUGUUAGCAUCUACGAGUCGGCUCUUCUUUCGAACUAUUCGGAUGCGGGCAGCCGUUCUUCACGAAUUCGGCCCGGCGGAGAAUCUCCGCAUCGAGGAUACGGUGACCAAACCGGCUGAGCUAAAGGACUCAGAGGUCCUCGUCAAAAUAGCUUGCUCGGGGGUGAAUCCGGUGGAUACCUAUCUACGUGCUGGUCUGUAUCCAGUAUUGCCAAAGCUGCCGUUCGUCACCGGUCGCGACGGAGCUGGGGUCGUGGAAGCUGUGGGAGUCGCCGUUACAAAUGUGCGCGUGGGCGACCGGGUCUGGGUGAACAGCGGAAAAAAUGGGACGGCCGGCGAGUACUGCAUUGUGGAUAAGGUUUGUGCGCUUCCCGACGACGUCACUUUCGAGCAAGGAGCCUGUUUGGGCGUCCCAUACCUAACCGCAUACACGGCGCUUUUUCGCCAAGGAGGGGUAAACGCCAAAGGUGAAGGUGCCAAGAAAAAACUGCUAGUCCAUGGCGCUUCCGGAGCAGUCGGGUUGGCGGCUAUUCAGCUGGCUGCUGCUCAUCCUCAAUCCUUUUCGGUCGUUGUUGGCACGGCAGGCAGCGAGACCGGGCAGAAGUUCGUUCAAGAAAACGGUGCGAGCCACUGUGUCAACCAUCGCGAGGACGGUUACCUUGCAGAGCUAAAGAAAUUCGACGGUUUCGACGUAAUUCUGGAGAUGAACGCGCACUUGAAUUUGAACAAGUCGAUCGAGUUGCUUGCCAAGGAAGGACGAGUCGUUGUUAUUGGGAGUCGCGGGCAAAUCGAUUUUGACCCUCGUUCGCUGAUGAAGAAAGACGCUGCGGUCAUUGGAUGCGGGUUGGCCAAUUCGCUUGACAAGACGUUCCCGCAUUAUUCUGCUGCCAUCACGCAUUUCUUGAAGACGACUGACUUUCGUCCCCGCGUGGCCAAGGUGUUCGAGCUGUCCGACAUUUCGCAGGCGCAUCAAUUGGUGACCGCUGGAGGGCCCGCGAAUGGCAAAAUCGUCGUACGUGUGGCAAAUACA